CUUGCAGAUUAAACCAGCUGUCAAGCCAGGGUGAAGGAUCCGUGGCCAGGCAGAGGUCUGUGGAGUGGAGAGGCAAGGCCUCACGAUGGAACUCUGAGAUGUGAGUUCCAACAAAUUGGUUCACAAAGGUGGGGGAUAAACACGCUGGCCCACGCUGGGCAAGCAUGGCACCACCUCGCAGGCACUGUCUCCUUCUGAUCAGCGCUCUGGGGGUCUUUGCACUUAACUGCUUCACCAAAGGUCAGGAGAACAGCACGCUCAUCUUCACAAAGGAAAACACCAUUCGGAACUGCAGCUGUUCUGCGGACAUCCGGGAUUGUGACUACAGUUUGGCCAACCUGAUGUGCAGCUGUAAAACCGUCCUGCCCCUUGCGGUGGGGCGAACCAGCUACAAUGGCCAUCUGACCAUCUGGUUCACCGACACAUCUGCGCUGGGCCGCCUGCUGAACUUCACGCUGGUCCAAGACCUGAAGCUUUCCCUGUGCAGCGCCAACACUCUCCCCACUGAAUACCUGGCUAUCUGUGGUCUGCAGAGGCUGCGCAUCAACAUGGAGGCCAAGCAUCCCUUCCCAGAGCAGAGCCUACUCAUCCAUAGUGCUGGGGACAGUGACUCCAGAGAGAAGCCCAUGUGGUUACACAAAGGCUGGCAGCCAUGUAUGUAUAUCUCAUUCUUAGAUAUGGCUCUUUUCAACAGGGACUCAUCCUUAAAAUCAUAUAGUAUUGAAAACGUUACCAGCAUUGCCAACAACUUUCCUGACUUUUCUUAUUUUAAAACCUUCCCAAUGCCAAGCCACAAAAGCUAUGUUGUCACAUUUAUUUACUAACAUAAUAACUGCGUCCAGCUGCCUGGAACUUUGGCAAAUGAUGGAUAAUUUGCAGAAGGAAUCUGGAAAUAAGGCCAUGAGAUGGGUAUCCCUAACCACAACUGUGCCUCUCUCUGCAGGCUCCAUUUGCAACACAGCCACACACACCAAUAACCAGCUCUCUGUUCUGCUCUCUGCCCAACUGCCAGCGCACUUUUGAAAAACAAAAGAAAAAGAAACCCGAAAACCAACUUGAUUCCGUCCAGGGACAUGUCUUGGGAGGCGGCUAGGCUUGGUCUCUGCAACUAGGAGCCUGUAGGGAAACAUCCCGUCAGAAAUGGAGAAAACAACAUACCCUGGAGACUGGUUAGUGGAGCUCCUCCUAGGAGGUGACCCCCAAGAAACAUACCUUCUUUCAAAACACUGCCUUAAUGUUUUUCUGAUUCAUUUUGUGAAAUUGCUUGGAAUUCCUCUAAGUAGAGAAUAAUUGAUUUCAGAGGUCUUAGGACUGUGAGUUUUAUAAAAUGGCCAGGUGCAGUGGCUCACGCCUGUAAUCCCAGCACUUUGGGAGGCCGAGGCAGGCGGAUCACCUGAGGUCGGGAGUUUGAGACCAGCCUGACCAACAUGGAGAAACCCUGUCUCUACUAAAAAUACAAAAUAAGCCAGGCGUGGUGGCACAUGCCUGUAAUUCCAGCUACUCCAGAGGCUGAGGCAGGAGAAUCACUUGAACCUGGGAGGCGGAGGUUGCAGUGAGCCAAGAUCGCGCCAUUGCACACCAGCCUGGGCAACAAGAGCGAAACUCUAUCUUAAAAAAAAAAAAAAUCCACUGCAAUUGUGAUACAAAUGUCUAAACCUGGAG